UUGAUUAUAAACACCUUGAUAGUGUCAUUUUUUAAGCAUCAACAUGUCUUCAACCAGCUUGUUUUCAAUACUAUUGCUUUGCUGGUUGACGCUUCAUGUUCAAGCAAGGAUCCAUCAUUUAGUCUUAAAGCGAUUUGUGGUGGUGAUAUUGUUAGUGAAGAAGGAACCCUUCAAAGUCCCAAUUAUCCGGAAGACUAUCGACCCAACAAGGAAUGCAUUUGGAAGAUAAUUGUUCCAGAGAAAUAUCAAGUUGCCCUUAAAUUUUCCUCUUUUGAGAUUGAAUCUCAUGACAACUGUGUCUAUGAUUACCUUGAGAUACGAGAUGGACAUUCAUUAUCAAACUCACCCAUUUUGGGUAAAUUUUGUGGACACAGAAUUCCAAAUGAUAUAAGAUCGACAAGCAAUAAACUUUUAAUCAAAUUUGUAUCUGAUUCGUCCGUCCAAAAGGCUGGUUUUUCAGCCAAUUUUAUCAAAGAGUUCGACGAAUGUUCCUCAGGUAACCAUGGAUGUGACCAUAUUUGUGUUAACACAUUAGGCGGUUAUCGAUGUGAGUGUCGCAUUGGAUACGAGCUUCACUCAGAUGGGAAAAAGUGUGAAAAUGCUUGCGGUGGUUUAAUUGAACUAUUGAAUGGAACUCUGGUCAGUCCAUCAUUUCCUGAUCUUUAUCCACCCAACAAGAACUGCAUCUGGGAAAUUGUUGCUCCACCACAAUUCAGGAUAACAUUGAAUUUCACUCAUUUCGAUUUGGAAGGAAAUAAUGUCCAUUCAAGUGUAAAACAUUAUUCCAGGAAUCCAGAGUAGAGCAAAAAUGUGAAUCAAAGAGACUCGUGCCAUUGUAUCUUUUAUCUCAUUUUGGUUUUGAUACAUUUCUUUUAUUGAUGAUUCAAUCUCUGGUAAUAACUAUGCAACACCCAAGGCAAUAAUAAUGGGCAUCACAAGGAAUGGGAAGAA